AUGCACAUAUUUGGGGCGAAGGCGGACCUGCAGCUACACACACAGAUGCAUAUGCGCGAAGCCAAGCCAUACAAGUGCACCCAGUGUUCGAAGGCGUUUGCCAACUCCUCCUACCUGUCCCAGCACACUCGGAUCCAUCUGGGUAUCAAGCCGUAUCGCUGUGAGAUCUGUCAGCGGAAGUUCACGCAGCUCUCGCAUCUUCAGCAGCAUAUUCGGACCCACACAGGAGAUAAACCUUACAAGUGUCGGCACCCAGGCUGCACGAAGGCCUUCAGUCAGCUGUCGAAUCUCCAAAGCCACUCCCGGUGCCACCAGACCGACAAGCCGUACAAGUGCAACUCGUGCUACAAGUGCUUCGAGGACGAACCCUCGCUCCUCGAACACAUCCCCAAGCACAAAGAGAGCAAGCACUUGAAGACACACAUUUGUCAGUUCUGCGGGAAGUCUUACACUCAGGAGACGUACCUAGCCAAGCACAUGCAGAAACACACGGAGAAGGCGGCGAAGAAAGGGCGGAAAGGACAUGCUCACGCCAAUGCUGCUGCCGCUUCUUCGUCCUCUUCGGGUAACAAUAACAAUGCCAGUGGGGUAGGGGCCUCUUCAUCGGGUGUGAACAGUUCAAGUGAAGGAGCUGGUGGCGGGGAACCUGUGGUGCGUGAGGUGCCGUACUGGGUGAAACAUGAAAACAUGGACCUGAGUGGAAGCCCAGCAGCAGCAGCGGUGUCCAUGGCUGCUUUGGACGGCUUCACCCAUCAUUUAGCCUCAGCUCGAGAAAUGGCAGCACUGAGCGAAGAUUUAAGCCAUCAUCACCACCACCAUCAUAGAGGACCAAUGUCUCAUCCUGCUCAUAUGGCAAGUCCGUAUGACAUGACGAAGACAACUUCAGCGUUCUCUCCUUUGCCGACAUCCAUUAUGGCAGCCACUCCCAUGCCAGGUUCUUCUCGGUCUUAUUUCCCAUAUGAGACCAUCAGUUUCCCAAAGGCAGGACAAAUGGGGAUGGGAGAGAUCAAGUCCUCGUCAGGCUCCUUCCCCAACCAACUCAUCUCCCUCCAUCAGAUUCGAAACUAUGCACACCAACCUUCUCUUAUUGGAAGUUCCUCUUCCUCUGAUCAUCCUAUCUCCCUCAAGGACAAAGGACAGUACUACAAUCCCAUUCCCUUGAAGGCCUACUAG